AGUUGAAAAGGUUCUUCUGUACUGUAUAGACUUGUUUUUUGUAACUCCGUAUUAUAUUAAAUUAUUUUAGUAUUUAUUUAGUUCCUUUUAUCAUUAUUAAGUGAUUAUAAAAUCUAAACACAUAAAGAAAAGCUUGUAACAGCAUAAGUUAAUGAUAAUUAUUUAUAAUAAUGUGCCUGUGAAUCAUAAAUUUAACAAAGUUAAGAUAACAAAGUGAUUUGUCAAAAAUGAGAUGAUAUGAGUUGAGUUCGCAAAGUGAAGCUGGAAAAGUUUUGAAAAUUCUAAAAGCAAGUGUUAAAAAAAAGGCAACUUUCGUUGGAUGCAAGUUAAAUUCUUAGGAUUGAUAAUUUAAAAAGAAAACAAUAAGAUGACAGUAAGCUACACAGGUCAAGUAGCAACUUGUCGUGGAUUUGGAUGCUUCCUAAAGCUGUUGAUGAGAUGGCGAGGAUCAAUCUACAAAUUAGUCUGGCUUGAUCUUACUUCGUUUCUUUUAGUCUAUUACACAUUAAAUCUUACGUAUCGUUUCGGUCUGAACGAUGAACAAAAAAAGACUUUUGAAGCAAUGGUUAAAUAUUGCGAUGAACAUUCCAAUUUAAUUCCUCUAUCCUUCGUGCUGGGUUUCUAUGUUUCUAUUGUCAUGACUCGUUGGUGGAAUCAAUAUACGAGUAUACCAUGGCCUGAUCCAAUUGCUGUUUUUGUUAGCGCUACUGUACAUGGCCAGGAUGAGAGAGGUCGCGUCAUGAGACGAACAAUUAUGCGCUAUGUAUGUUUAUGCAUUUCAAUGGUAUUAGGAAACUUGUCGCCGAAAGUAAAAAAGAGAUUUCCAACACUUAAUCAUUAUGUCGAAGCUGGUCUUUUAAAUGAUAAUGAACGAGAAAUUAUUGAGGAUUUGAAUAUGAAAUUUCCAAAGCAUUCGAAACACUGGCUACCAAUUGUUUGGGCAGCAAGUAUUAUAACAAGAGCUAGGAAAGAAGGAAGAAUUCGUGACGAUUUUGCAGUCAAAACAAUUAUUGACGAAUUAAAUAAGUUUCGUGGACAAUGUGGAGUUUUAAUUGCUUAUGACACUAUCAGUAUUCCGCUCGUUUAUACUCAAGUCGUUACGAUUGCCGUAUAUUCUUAUUUCCUUGUUGCACUUUUUGGACAACAAUGGACAGAAGGAAAAGGAGAAGAAAAUGGAUAUAAAAAUAGAAUUGAUCUCUACUUCCCAAUAUUUAGUCUUUUGCAAUUCUUUUUUUAUAUGGGAUGGCUGAAAGUCGCAGAGCAAUUGAUAAAUCCAUUCGGCGAUGAUGAUGAUGAUUUUGAAGUCAAUUGGAUGAUUGAUAGAAAUCUUCAAGUCAGCUAUUUAAUUGUUGAUGAAAUGCAUCAUGACCAUCCAGAACUUUUAAAAGAUCAAUAUUGGGAUUCCGUCCUUACAUCAGAUCUGCCUUAUACUGUUGCUUCUAUGGGUAAUCGAGAAGAACCACCGGUUGCGUCAACGGCCAACAUUGAAAUUAAGAAAGGAGGUGGAGAUAUUGUCACUGCUCCAUCAAUGGCUAAAUUGGAUGAUAUGGUCGGUAAAAAUACAACAGCAAUGAAUUAUGAAUUUCCAGAUAAUGAUAAUGACAGUGAUAAGGAUAAUGAGGACAAUGCUAGUGGUAUUCAUUUUACGGCAAGCGGUCGUAGACGUAAUGUAAGUGGAUCGGCGUCAAACACUUCUAUGCAUUCGUUGGCUGGAACAAUGAGUCGAGUAAAUACAGUUACAUCCUUAUUAAAACGUUUCUUGAGUAAAGAUGAUGGAAGUCGUCCUGGAAGUGCCACCAAUACUGAAAAAGGUCUCGGAACUUCUGCUAGUUCUGCAAGUAUUAAUGAAAGAAGACAUCCAACAGCAAUUGGUAGUAUGAAGAUAACAGAUCAAGUAAUUGAAGAAGUUGACGAACAAAUGACUAUAACAUCAAUGAGAAAUAACAAUAUAGAUUCCAGACCAACAGCACAAAGUAUAUUUUCGAAAGCAAGUGAUCCAAUUGAUGUACCUGGAUCGAUUCCGCCUCAAUAUGGACGAUUUUUUUCUGCUACUGUUCAUGAAAAUAAUCAAAACCUGUUUCCAAUAGGUGGAGUAGAUGAUUUGCUAAGUUCUUCAGCACCUACAAAAUUAGUGCCUACAAGUUCUCAUCAACCAAACACAUUAUCUGAAUUUGAUCCUAAAAAUUUUGAAUCACAAUUGAGUAGAAAGAGCGAAAGCAUGGAAGAACAUGACAGUACAGCAGUUGAUGACGAUUUUGAGAAACUUCGACAAGAGCGCGAGGCAGCAAGAAUGGCAAAACAAAAGGAAAAGCUAGCACGAAGUAUUUCAGCACAACAAGGAAUUGUAAAUCAAAUGGAGUUACAUGAAUUAAUUACUGAUGCUUUAAAUAACGUUCAAAAAUCAGAGAGUGGAGCUAGCAGUCCUACUCAUGAGGCAGCAUGAUCUUAAUUAUAUAGUAAAGGCUGAAACGGAAAGCCUUAGGUUGAUAACAUUAAAUAACUGAUAAUAAUUUCUCAAACACACAAUAUUAAUAAUUAGUCAAUUAAGUUAUUAUUAAGAAUAUACCCGAAAGACCCAAACAAUUAAAGUGUUCAUCUGGGUAAAAUCUUCUAGAUUAUGUCAGGUUUUGAGCACAAAUAAUGACAUAUUUGAUAUUGUAAAAAAUGCGGGAAAACUUCUUUAGAACAGAACUCGUCAAGUCAAAAAGCUUUUGACAAUACUCGGAACGAUUUCAAAUAAAGUUUGAUUGAAUAAACAUUUGAUUUAUUAUGUCAUUAAAAAAGACAUUUGAAUGAUCCUAGAAAAAGACAUUAAAUCAUUAUCAGUAUAUAAUAUACCUAUUUAUGUUAAAAUUUAAAGUCGCAACUUUAAUUUAUUACAAGAAAGCAUAAGAUAUGAGCCUUAACGUGAUAAAGAGAAACCGUAAAAAUUUAGUGUGAUAAUUGAACAAUAAAAUUGAAGAUAAUUAAGGCAACACUCGUGUAGAAUUUACAUUUUAAUAAUUAAAUUAAUACUGAAAUCUCUUGGAGAUGUAACACUUAUCAAUUUUAAUUAAUAAGUUUUAAAAUAAAUAUGGCAACAAAAAUUUGAUGUAAUUUAAGUGUUUAGAAUUUUCAACCGAUUUCAGUCACACAAAAAAGAUAAAUUGCUAAAUUGGCAAACAAAAAAAACCAUUUAAAUUCCAAACUAGUUUUAAUUUUAUUUUAAACCGUGUCUUGUUCUGUUUAAGAGAGUAUUUUGAUAUGAUCUGAUUGCAAAAACACAAAAGGGAAAAUCAGAGUUGCUUAUUAAUUAAAUGAUAAAUACAUCACUUUUUAUGAAUCUUAAAAUUUCUUAAAUAAAGAAAAAUAAAUUU